AUGCGGCGAGCCGGCCAGGGCACGGGAUCCGGGGCGCGGGAGGCCCAGCAAGGGACCCGGCGCGCCCCCUCCGAGCUCCGAGUGGCUCGAGGCCCUGGCGCCCCCAGGAGCCUAUCCCCCAACUCAGCCUCUGAUGCCUUCGCCCUGCGGGUGCGGCUGGAGGAAACUGGGGAGCUCUUCCACGUGACCAACUGCCGCAGUGACAUGACGGUGCGCGAGCUCAAAGAGGAGCUGGACCUCGUGGCUGGCAUCCCCUUCAACCUGCAGCGGCUCCAGUACCUGGACCAAGGAAUUUUGAUGGAUGACGCCACGUUAAAGUUCCACGACGUUGUCCCCGGUGGAAUCAUCUCACUGUGUGUCUGGCACUACGACGGAUGGACGGAUCUGGUUUUGGCAUCUGUGGAAGGAGACCCCAGUAAGUUACCAUCCCUAGGUAUCACUGAAGAUUCUUUCUACCGCACUGCAAAUUCAGAGCGUUUAGAGGGUGUGGCGUGGAGCAAAUGGACUUCCCAGAGAGCCUUUGUGGCGCUCUACGUUACUUCUCACAGAGGCCACGCGGAUGCUGUGAAAUUCCUUCUGGAACAUGGUGCCAACUGUCUGAGGAAGACCCCGGUGGGCAGGACACCCCUGCACGCAGCGGCAGCCACGGGCCACAUGGACUGCAUACACCUCCUCAUCAACUAUGGUGCCUCCAUUAACACCAAGGACGCCAAGGGGGAGACCCCUGUCACCAUCGCCCACCGCCUGAAGCACAGGCUGAUUGAGCGCCAGAUGUUCCUCACCUACUGGAUGCCAGGGACGAUUCCUGAAGAGAACAUUCUCGAGUUUCUCCGAGACAUCAUGUCUGAGCUGCAGCUCUUGGAUGAUGCCAGAAACAAGCCUGGCGCCUCGCGCCCCUCGGGCCGGCCUCAGGGGCUUCCUGGGCAUUUAUGUCCACGGCCAGCUGCGAUGCAGAGAGCAAGCUCGCCCUCCGCCGGCCUUUCCCGGCGCAGCGGCUCGGUCCGCGCUGCCCGGCCGCUCCGCCAGGCGGCGCUGUGGGGCAACCUGCUGCGGCGGGCAGACGCGGCGGACACCAGGUGGUCCUCCACCUGGUCCUCCCUUGGUACUCGCACCCUGGCAUCAGCCCUGCACUAUGUGGCUGCCUCCCAGUCUGACUUUGGCGUGACCCCAGGCUUGUCCAGCUGCAGACAGCCCACCCCAGGGCCUUGUCCAGAGGUUCAGCUCCUGCGACUCCGUGUCUGCCCAGCAGGGGGCGGCGUGGACACGUGCAUGUCCCUUACCUGCAGCCUGAAGGAUCCUGAGAGCAAAGACAGCCUGGAGCUGGGCAGCCUUCUUGUGAGCCCAAAGAACAGCCUGUCUGAGAAGGACCGGCUAAAGGCCAAGAGCACCACCAAGGCCUCCUGGCGCAGUGAAGGUGAUAAUCUGGUGAUUGAUCGAGGGCUGCAGGCACGGCUGUGGCACAGCCGGGAGAGGAAGGCAAGGAAGUCAGUCCUGGAGCCCCGCUGCCCUCUGCUUCUCCUCUUCAUGAAGAUCUAUGCUUGA